AACUUCCUAAAAUCCGAAGUCUUUAUCAACUCUCCAAUCUUUCUCAGUUUCCCCCUAAAACCCUUUUACUUUCCGCAGUCCGUACACAUUUUUCUUCUCUUAAUCAAUUUAUUAGGGUUCAAUUAAUUAAUAAAGUUGAAAACUUUUUAACUUUCUCUUCAAGAAAAUGUCAACAUUUGGCAUGAAUUCAGCUUCUUCCAAUACAAACCCCAACAAAUCUGCUGAGGUUGUAUCACCUCCAAGUGAUAGUGUAUCAAGUCUUUGUUUUAGUUCAAAAGCAAAUUACCUUGUUGCCACUUCUUGGGAUAGUCAGGUGAGAUGUUGGGAGGUAACCAAAAACGGGACUUCAGUUAGCACUGUGGCAAAGAUAUCGAUGGCUCAUGAUCAACCGGUUUUAUGCUCAGCAUGGAAGGAUGAUGGAUCAACAGUCUUUUCUGGAGGUUGUGACAAGCAAGUAAAGAUGUGGCCUUUACUGUCUGGUGGUCAACCGACAACUGUGGCAAUGCAUGAUGCCCCAGUGACUCAGGUUGCUUGGAUUCCAGAGAUGAGCCUUUUAGUUUCAGGAAGCUGGGAUAAGACUCUAAGGUACUGGGACUUGAGGCAAUCUAAUCCUGUUCACACUCAACAACUUCCAGACCGCUGUUAUUCUCUUACAGUGAGACAUCCCCUGAUGGUCGUUGCCACCGCUGAUAGAAAUCUUAUAGCUUUCAACUUGCAAAAUCCUCAGACAGAAUAUAAGAGAAUCGUUUCUCCUUUGAAAUACCAAACAAGGUGUGUUGCUGCAUUUCCCGAUCAACAAGGUUUCUUGGUUGGGUCGAUUGAAGGAAGGGUUGGUGUGCACCAUCUUGACGAACAACAACAAAGUAAGAAUUUCACAUUUAAAUGCCACAGAGAGGGAACCGAGAUCUACUCUGUCAAUUCUCUUAACUUUCAUCCAGUUCAUCAGACAUUUGCAACCGCCGGAUCAGAUGGUGCAUUUAAUUUUUGGGACAAAGAUAGCAAACAAAGACUAAAGGCAAUGUCACGGUGCAAUCAAGCUAUACCUUGCAGUAGCUUUAACAACGAUGGCUCCAUAUAUGCUUAUGCGGUAUGUUAUGAUUGGAGCAAGGGUGCCGAAAAUCAUAACCCAUCGACAGCAAAGACGUCCAUUUACUUGCACUUGCCCCAGGAGGGUGAGGUUAAAGGCAAGCCACGUUCCGGGACUGUUGGAAGGAAAUGAAGAUGUCUUUUGCAAUUAUCUAGAUACCAUUUAUUGUUUUUGUCAUUCAGCAAUUUUAAUUUUUGGGAUUCAUUUGUAGAGAUUAGAUUCGGUAAAUGGAGUUCAAAUGCAUAGAGUAUGAUAUUCCUUUUACAUUAAUCGAUUAAUGAGAUCACUUUUUUCCUAUGAUGGAUAAUAAUGUGUUUAUGAACAA